AUGCGUCUCGUCGCACUUCUCCUCGCCCUAACGAGCGCCGUCUCGGCGCAGUUCGGCUUCUUCGACCAGAUGUUCGGCGGCGGGGGCCAGCAACAACACCAGCAAGCCCAGAACUCACCGAGCGACUCGUCACACUACCGUGCCCAAUACACUCGCUCCCACUGCGACAACUACCUCUGCCCAGACACAUUAGCAUGCGUGCACUUCCCGCACCACUGCCCCUGCCAAUGGCCGGCGCACGAGGACAAGUUCGAGCUGGCCGAGGGGCAGCGGAUAUGCAUUUCGAGGGGCGGGUUCAAGGCCGGCGAGGCGGCGCGGAAGGUCGAGCUGGCGCGCAAGGGGCUGCUCUAA